CAGGUCACUUUCAACAUGGAGAGUGGAGCAGGGAAGCAUUGGACUGAGGAGGAGGUUAAAGCCUUGUUAAGCGUCUGGUCAGAAAAAAAUAUCAGAAAGCAACUGCACGGCACCCUGAGGAAUAAAGGAAUAUUUAUCUACAUUGCUAAAAGGUUGCAGGAGUUGGGAGUGUGCAGGGACUGGAAACAGUGCCGUGCAAAGUACAAAAACCUGAAGUACGAAUACAGAACGGUUAAAUAUGCCCACAACUCUGGGGAUGUCACUAAAAGCAUGAAGUUUUUCCAUGACCUGGAUGCCAUAUUGCGAUAUGAGCCUGUCACACAAUUAGCAGCAGAAGAAAACGGCAGGUGUUCUGCGACUGAGACGCAGCUGAACACAAGCCCCACAACAGACAGCAUGCAAGGUGAAGUAUCAGUUUCUUUAGAAGAUGAUGAGGAGGCUCCAGGAGAUCCACUACUUUUUAUAUCUCAUGCCAGACCAGUUCAACUAGGUAAUCCAGCGUCAGCAGUAGAGGCUUCCAAACCACCGGCUUUUAUUCCUACAGUAGCAAAUGAAGGAGGAAAACAUUGGACUGUUAAUGAAGUCAGAGCUUUGAUACGCAUAUGGUCAGACAAAAAUAUCCAGCAACAACUGGAAGGGACAGUGAGAAAUAAAAGAAUAUUUGAACAAGUUGCUGCUAGACUUCAGAAGUUUGGAAUUGACAGGGACUGGAAGCAGUGCAGGACAAAAUACAAAAACCUGAAACAUGAAUACAAGAGUGUAAAAAGUGCCCAAGACUCAGGGAGUACAAGUAAAAGUAUGAAAUUUUUUAAUGAACUGGAUGCUAUUCUGGGGCACUGCACCAUGGAACAAGCAAGUAAAUCAGAUAAUGAUGAAAGCGAGAGGCCUCCAGAAUGGACAGAAGCAAAAUCAGAAAAGGAUUCCAUAGAAAUGCCUGGAGACACAGGUGAAGAGGACUCUGUAAGUAAUAUGUCAGAAGACCUACAGGUUGCAGAUGUAAAGAAAGUUUCUGCUUCAGAAAUCCUUGAAGAUGAGGGGGACUUUGCCAACUCCACCCCAGCAGCUCUGGAAGCUACACAAAUAAAGAAGGAGACGAUUGAUAUAGAUGAUGAUUCUAUAAGCACUACCUCAGAAGACAGAUCUUGUACGCCAGUAGCAAAACAGAUGGUUGGGACAGACAAUCACAUUCCCUUGGAAGAAGCACAAAAUCACUUUAAAGUUAUUACAGUUAAUGAUACUGGAGCAGGAAAACAUUGGAGUGAUAAUGAAGUUAGGGCUCUGAUAAACAUAUGGUCAGAUGAAAAGAUACAACAAAUGCUUGAAGGGGCCACAAGAAAUAAAGAAAUAUUUGAGGAAAUUGCCAGAAGGUUAAUGAAACGUGGUAUAGACAGAGACUGGAAACAAUGUCGCACAAAGUACAAGAACCUAAAAUAUGAAUACCGUGCACUGCAGAAAGAAAAUGAGCAUCUUGGAAAUCCCAGGAGAAAAAUGAGAUUUUAUGAUGAAGUUGACUGUAUCUUAAGAAGACAGACUUUGGGAACCUCAGGCUGGGGAUGUGAAAGCUCAAGUCUCCUAUCAGUUUCAGUGGGAGAUGCUACAUCAAACACAGGAUCUUUGAGUAUCAAGAGGAAAACAUGGAAUGAUGAAGUGUCACCUGUUCCACUUAAGAAAAGUGCUUCUGAAAACACCAUACUCCACUUCCAAAAACUGCUAACAGAGAGAGUGCACACGGUAACAGAAGGCAAAAAGUUUCUGUUUGAAAGACUUUGUAAGCAGGAAGAAAUGCAAGACCUCAACAGAACACAGCUGUAUGCUGAUCCAUCAGCUAUACAACAGGUGCCCGCGCCCGCUCCCGCCGCAGCCAUGGCCCCCGCAGCAUCAGACCUGAAACUUGGCAAAAAAGUUAAUGAAGGUAAAACGAAAGAAGUGUACGAGCUGCCAGAUAUCCCGGGAUGUGUUCUCAUGCAGUCAAAAGACCAAAUAACGGCGGGAAAUGCAGCCAGGAAGGACCGAAUGGAAGGGAAGGCUGCCAUUUCCAACACAACAACUAGCUGUGUGUUUCAGCUGCUUCAGGAAGCUGGAAUCAAAACAGCUUUUGUCAGGAAACAGAGUGACACAGCAUUCAUAGCAGCUCACUGUGAAAUGAUCCCAAUUGAGUGGGUGUGCAGAAGAAUUGCUACUGGCUCCUUCCUCAAGAGAAACCCUGGGGUCAAAGAAGGAUAUAAGUUUUACCCACCCAAAAUUGAGAUGUUUUACAAGGAUGAUGCUAAUAAUGAUCCACAGUGGUCUGAGGAGCAAAUAAUUGAAGCAAAAUUCUGUUUUGCUGGACUUACUAUUGGCCAGACUGAAGUGGAUAUUAUGUCUCGUUCUACUCAAGCCAUUUUUGAGAUCCUGGAAAAAGCAUGGCAGCCCCAAAACUGCACUCUUGUAGACCUGAAGAUUGAAUUUGGUGUUAAUGUGCUGACAAAAGAAAUUGUUCUUGCUGAUGUCAUUGACAAUGAUUCAUGGAGACUGUGGCCAGGAGGAGACAGAAGCCAGCAGAAGGACAAACAGUCCUAUCGGGACCUGAAAGAAGUGACUCCUGAAGCACUGCAAAUGGUUAAGAGAAACUUUGAAUGGGUUUCAGAAAGAGUGGAGUUGCUUCUAAAAACAAAGAGCCAAGGUAGAGUUGUGGUGUUAAUGGGAUCUUCUUCUGACCUCAGUCACUGUGAAAAAAUAAAAAAGGCAUGUGCAACCUUUGGAAUUCCUUGUGAAUUAAGAGUGACCUCUGCUCACAAAGGGCCAGAUGAAACCCUGAGGAUCAAAGCAGAAUAUGAAGGAGAUGGAAUCCCAACAGUGUUUGUUGCAGUAGCUGGCAGAAGCAAUGGUUUGGGGCCAGUAAUGUCUGGUAACACUGCUUACCCAGUUGUCAACUGCCCUCCACUCUCAGCUGACUGGGGUACUCAGGAUGUGUGGUCCUCUCUCAGACUACCCAGUGGUCUUAGCUGUCCUACUACUCUGUCACCUGAAGCAGCUGCCCAGUUUGCGGCCCAGAUAUUUGGGUUAAACAACCAUUUAGUGUGGGCCAAACUGCGAUCAAACCUGUUGAACACCUGGAUCUCCUUGAAGCAGGCUGACAAAAAACUUAGAGAAUGCUCCUUGUAAGUCACACUAACAAGUAACUAUUAUUAGUUACGCAGUGAUAAUGGCGUGUGCGUAUUCAUUCAUGUUAGGAUUUACCCUUGGAUGAGCUCAAAAAGUCCUGCAUCAUUUCUUGCAGAAGAAAGCAUUGUUAGAGCAGAAGAGGAAGUCUGUUGUGUAGUCAUCCUUCCCUUGUGUAUUUUUUUAAUAUAACAACUAAAUAGAGAUGGGGAAGUAGUAUUUUAGGUAUGUCUUUCUGUUGCUCCAGAAUGGUGCUGUUCUGCUUUUAGUCUAUCCUGUUAACUACUAUGUCAAGAGAAUGAUAGAAUGAUUUGGUGUGAUCUAAAUAGAAUUCAACUAGUCUUCUGCAUUUCUGUAACAGUAACAUUCUCCCAUAGUAUUAAUGUAUGUCUUGAACCUUAUUAACUGAACUGGACUGCUGCCUAAAGCCAGUGUUGAUGGUGUUCCUGCUUGCAAUGAUGGCAUGCUUUCUUUAGCAAUAAAAUGGCAAUAUAUGCUGUAUUAAUAGGAAAAGAGUGUGGAAAAAUGUUUAAAGAGCCUGAAAUAAAUACAUGCCUUAUUUUAAAAAAUGUAUAUACAUACACGUAUCUUUUUAAAAAAUGUGUGUGUAUAUUUACCCCAUUGAUAUCUUUUGGAAUGAUGUGAUGAAAUUGACACCAAUUUGCUUGUUCAUAACAAGCUAUAAAUACAAAUGGCUUGAGUGGCCUGUAACUUGGCUUGUUGCCCGUUUGCUCUAACUCUUGCCUAGUCCAGGCUUUGUCCUUUUAAAUACUAGGCAGAUCUACCUUCAGUAGUCCUAUAGGGCCUGUGUGGUGAUGUUGGACUGUCUUCAUACACUUCAAUAACUGUAGCUAUUCUAUGUCUGUAUUUCCUCACUCUGUUUCUGUGGAAAUUUUACUGAACUGAACAGGGGAACAAAUAAUAAAGCAACAAACCACUGGGGGGAAAUCUAAGCAUGACUUUCUUGUCUUUGCACACACUGGUCUCCUGAGUAGGUAAGAUUCUAACAAAUAUGCAAUUACUCAAAAUAUGUAACACCUAUGCUUUUACAAUUACAAAUAAACUAUUGAAUGCGAA